UUUUUUAAGAACUGGUUCUUAGUUUUUUUAGUUAAAAGUUAAGAGAUGUGCUACCGGAAAAACUAGUCGCUCCUAAAUCACAAUAAGAGUUUUUUAGUUAAAAGUUAAGAGACGGAUUAUUAUAUUUCGCUAAGAACGUCACCCUAAGAACCUCCCAAUAAUCAUGCUCUAAGUUAUCGUCUUAGAUGAGGUAUCUUAGUUUAGCACUCAUCUUUGGGUUUUACUUAACAUAUGGGUUUUACUUAACAAUUUAAUAUAUUCUACUAAGGCCUAAGGCCCAUGGGCCUUACAUAGAGCCUUCUUUAACCGACAUGAUACUCGAGUGUUGACUCCUUUCUCCUCAUUCUUCUUCCGGUGAGAGAGAUUUGGAAAACCGAAAGCGCGAUUUAGCCAGGUUUCAACCCCUUCAAGCCAACAUGAGUAGGCCAAUGGAAGAGGAUACCAACCAGGGGAAAACCGAAGAGGAGGAGUUCAACACCGGACCCCUUUCUGUUCUGAUGAUGAGUGUUAAGAACAACACUCAGGUGUUGAUCAACUGCCGCAACAACAGGAAACUCCUUGGCCGUGUUAGGGCUUUCGACAGGCACUGCAACAUGGUUCUUGAAAAUGUCAGGGAAAUGUGGACUGAGGUACCUAAAACUGGGAAAGGAAAGAAGAAAGCUCUUCCCGUCAACAGAGAUCGCUUUAUCAGCAAGAUGUUUCUUCGUGGUGACUCUGUCAUCAUCGUCCUUAGGAAUCCCAAGUAAGAGAGAUAGAGAGAUGUCUGCUCGUACUGUUUUCUUCAUAUGAUAAUUCUUACUUGUUGCAUCAACGGAGAGAUACAUCUUUGAUUACGUGUCUUAAGUGUUCCCUUGUAUUUUUCAAAUUGUGUUCUGACGUGUCUCUUAUGACUUAAGACGCAGCGUUGAGUAGUGCCACUAAACUUUCUGAUUGAGAUAACUGCUCGUAUGUGCUCUUUAUAUGAUCAUUUUCGCAGCUUCUCGGCAAA